GUCGAGUGACUUGACGUUUAUUUAACUUUUAAGACGUGGAGUGACUCCUUUUAAUGUUUUUGUAUAUAUACUUUUUAUUAACUUGUAUUAAGUGAAAACACAACAAUUUAAUUAAUGGCUGAACAACCAAGAACAAUGCCAAGUGAAUGAAAGUGUGACAGGGACGAAGUAUAUACAAGAUUUAUAAAUCAAUAUUUGAAUUUAACGUUGGUUAUGACAAGCAAUAUAACAGGUACCUGGUUUCCUUCUGGUUUCCAUGGUUAUACCAAAAUCGCUGAGUCUCGGAAUGAUGUAAAUACUUUAUAUCGGCAACUAGCCAAACCUCUUCCACCAAACAAAUUCAUGUGGAGAGUAACGCAACCCCCGUCAAAACAUGUUUUUUCCAUUCAUGAUAACCGAAAGGCAUUUAAAGGGGAUGCUCAUAUCUUUGGCAAGGGUUUGGGUCGAAAACACAUAGACUCAGCAUAUUACUGUUCUUAUGAUGGAGUAUUGCCACGGAAAUUUGAUACAACUCACUUGGAUUCUUCGUGGCCUUACCUUUCAACCUAUAAAAAGACGUUCCACCUGGAUCACCACAAAUAUCCCCCACCAAAUAUUUUUCAUGUGACAGCAUCAACUUUACAUAACCAGCGAUACGGAAUAACUACAUAUCAAAUUUCACAUGGUAAUGCAAAUCCUUACGACGAAUUCAUUCAAAAGAAGGAGCAAGAUUUGGGUCACAAGUGUAAACCACCUUUUCAGCGUCCCAAAACUGCUCCCCCCAUUCUUCAGGAAAGUGUUGCUCUGUGUUUAAGGUGGGAGAAACCUCAUGUACAACGGCCUGCUAAAGAGAAUGCUUCUACAUCUACAACAUCUUUAAUAGUAUCAAAAGACAAAGCCACUCAGAUCUGAAGGUUUGAAAGUUCUCUCAUCUUAAUUAAACAUAGGAAAAUAGAAAUUGUGAAAUAUAAUUUGACAAUAUAUAUUUUUUUUAUUGGUGAUAGAAAAACUGUGUAUCUUUACACAAUGUGAAUAAAAUAAAUAGAUCAAUUGUUUUUCUUUGAAAACUGAUAUCAGCAGAGAAGAGAUAGGUUUGGAAACAUUAAUGAAAUCAUUGACAACUUAUAAUAUGUGUCUAAAAUUGAUCCUUCUGAUUAAAAAUUAUAAAUGUUUA